AUGCGACCCUCACCUGGCCUCCCUGAAACCCCGGCUGCAGCACUUUUCUCUGGUUUUGUUCCAGGCUCAAAGGGAAGAGUCGACUCAGCGUGGCCCAGCGGAGAGGCUCUUUUGUGGGCAAAGCCAGGCCCCUCCCUUCGCCGCUGUAUAAAUAUCCCCAUCCAACUUUUCACGCACACUGAGCGGACGCACGAACGCACCAUGUCACAGUAUUCUGGGAAGAUCACCUUCUUCGAGGGGAAAUGCUUCACUGGGAGGAAGCUGGAGGUCAGAGGAGACUGUGACAACUUCCAGGACCGCGGCUUCAUGAACCGGGUGAACUCAAUCCGUGUGGAGAGUGGGGCCUGGAUCUGUUACGAUCACCCCGACUUCAAAGGGCAGCAGUACAUCCUGGAGCACGGAGAGUACCCAGAGUUCCAGCGCUGGAACUCCCAUAACGACCAUAUGGGCUCCUGCAAGCCUGUCCGCAUGCACGGGGAGCACUACCGCAUGGAGCUUUUCGAGGGCUGUAACUUCUCUGGACAGUGUGUGGAGAUCUGUGACGACUGCCCCUUCCUCCAGAGCCGCGGCUUCAGCAAGAACUGCAUCAACUCUGUGAGAGUGUACGGGGAUGGAGCCUGGGUGAUGUACGAGGAGCCCAACUUCCGCGGGCGCAUGUACAUUGUAGAGCGCGGCUGUUACUGCAGUCACAAUGAGUGGCAGGCCCAGAACCCCAACAUCCAGUCCAUCCGUCGCGUGGUCAACUACUUCUAA